AUGGUCAACAUGCCUCCCGGAACCGGUGGCUACACCGAGCUCGAUGCGCCGGGCACCGGCACCAAUGCUGUCUCCUCCCAGCCCAAGAAGGUCGCCUACUUCUACGAUUCCGACGUGGGAAACUAUGCUUACAAUGCUGGCCAUCCCAUGAAACCCCACCGAAUCCGCAUGGCGCAUUCCCUGAUCAUGAACUAUGGCUUGUACAAGAAGCUGGAAAUCUACCGCGCCAAACCCGCCAGCAAGUACGAAAUGACCCAGUUCCACACGGAUGAGUACGUCGAUUUCCUGCAAAAGGUGACGCCGGACAACAUGGACGCCUACUCCAAGGAGCAGUCGAGGUACAAUGUGGGUGAUGAUUGUCCCGUUUUUGAUGGCCUGUUUGAGUUUUGUGGCAUCAGCGCGGGCGGCAGCAUGGAGGGUGCGGCGAGACUGAACCGCGGGAAAUGUGAUGUCGCGGUCAACUGGGCGGGCGGACUGCAUCAUGCGAAGAAGAGUGAAGCCAGUGGGUUCUGCUACAUCAAUGACAUUGUCCUCGGAAUCCUCGAGCUCCUCCGCUUCCAUCCCCGCGUCCUCUACAUUGACAUUGAUGUCCACCACGGCGACGGCGUGGAAGAAGCCUUUUACUCCACCGACCGCGUCAUGACCGUCUCCUUCCACAAAUACGGCGAAUACUUCCCUGGCACGGGAGAACUGCGAGACAUUGGAGUGGGCGCUGGCAAGAACUACGCCGUGAACUUCCCUCUCCGCGAUGGCAUCAACGACCAAUCCUACAAGGGCAUCUUCGAGCCUACCAUCGGCUGGGUCAUGGAAUACUACAAACCGACUGCAGUAGUGCUGCAAUGUGGUGGAGAUUCUCUUUCGGGAGACCGCUUGGGAUGCUUCAACUUGAGCAUGCGAGGCCACGCCAAUUGCGUCAACUUUGUCAAGUCCUUUGGCCUGCCCACCCUCAUCCUCGGCGGAGGAGGCUACACCAUGCGCAACGUCGCCCGUACUUGGGCUUUCGAGACCGGUCAGCUGGUAGGCGUGGAGAUGGGACCUGAUCUCCCCUUCACCGAUUAUUAUGAGUACUACUCUCCUGACUUCGAGCUUGACGUGAAGCCGAGUAACAUGGACAAUGCAAACUCCCCCGAGUACUUGGAGAAGAUCAAGAAUCAAGUCCUGGAGAACCUCAAGCGAACCACACAGCAUGCGCCGAGUGUGCAGAUGCAGGACGUUCCGAGAGAGCCUCUGGGGAUGAACAACGCCGGUCCCGAGGGCGAGCCGGAAACAUUCGAAGAGCAAGAAGWCCGUUUGGAUGACGAGGACGCCGAUGCCGAGAGUUCAAAGGAUCGGAGAUAUACCUCACGGAUGUGGGAUGCCAAAGUUGAAAGAGAUGAUGAGUUUGAAGAGAGUGAUGAUGAAGAAAUUGCGACUGCCAAUGGUGUGAGACGGCAGCCUGGGCAACCGCGACGGAGGGGAAUCAUGGAUCACAUCAACCCGCAUGCGCCGAAUGAUCAAAGUGGAGCCAACACACCUGCUGAUGACGAUUCAAGAAGUCUGAACGGAGAUGCAGAUCAAGAGGACGUUGGCAUGGAUGGUACGGCCGAUGCGGUGGAAGGGGACGUGGAGGUCAAGGUUAAAAGCCCAGGCGAUGCUAACACCCUCGCUGCGUCCUCCACCGUCGACCCCAAAGCUGAGGAUGAAGCUGCGCCACAGACUGCUGCAUCUGGAAACGACGACAUGGAUCUUGAUGUGGACACGACCGCCGCGGGCAUCAACACUCCUCCUCGCUCUCCCGCCGCCGCAACAGCGGCUGCUGCCGCACCAACCUCUGCYGCAAAUGAGAAUGGUGAAGAUACAGAAAUGGGCGACGCAGCGCCAGAAGAAUCCGAAGUCGCCAAGAAAGAAGAAGCCCGAGCAGAGGGUGAGAGGGAGAGGGAUCUGGUGAAUGUGGAAGGCGAAGCAGCGACUGAGAUGAUGGGUGGCGGUCAUAACGUUGGUGGCGGACCGGCUGUCUAG